UAGGAAGUGGACUUCGAGCAAAUAGGCAGAAGGGAAGAACGUACACUACACUACGCUUGAACUUAGUGUUUAACCAAGAAUGAAGGUGAAGGGUAGCGUGUCUUUGAUUACUGGUGGAAGCCAAGGAUUCGGCCGUGCAUUUUCACGUGAACUGCUUAAGCGAGGUGGCAAGGUGACAGUUGUUGAUAUUGAUGAUGAGACAGGACUGAAGACUUGUAAAGAUUUUAGCAAAGAAUUUGGAGAAGGGAGUGCCCACUUCAUUCACUGUGAUGUCACCAAUACAGAUCAUCUUGAAGGAGCCUUCAACGAGACAAUAAAUAAAUUUGGCAGGCUUGAUAUUCUAUGUAACAAUGCUGGUGGCUUGGUUCAUAACUGGAAAAAGCUUGUUGAGCUUAAUCUGACAUCUGUGAUACAUGGAACAUUCCUUGGAAUAAAGCACAUGAAAGCUGCUAACAAAGGAGCUGGAGGCGUUAUUGUCAAUGUUGGAUCAUUGUCAGGGCUGUUUCCCUUUAGAGAUGCACCAGUCUAUUCUGCAACAAAGUUUGGUGUUGUUGGAUUCACUCAGAGUCUUAAGAAAGCAAAUACAAGGGAAAAUAUACGAGUAAAUUGCCUGUGCCCAAGUUUCUCUCCAACGACGAUGGUAGAAAAAGGACUGGAAGCAAGGCCUGAAAUGAGACCAUUUGUUGAGAAAAUUGGCAUUGUACCGAUUGAAGACGUUGCCAAAGGAUUUAUUGAGCUCGUUCAUGAUGAUACAAAAGAUGGCGAGGUACUAACUGUCACUGUAAAAGGUUUGGUUUAUGUCAAAGCUCGGCAUGAACAUUUUCCAGUUGAACCAAAACUUUGAGAUGGUAUGACUUUCAUUCAAUAGAUUGCAUCAGACAUAUGGUGCCUGUUGCUGGUUUUUUGUUACCAACAUACCCUUGAAAUUUUUAUUCACUUAAUCAAUAGUUUCUAUUCACUUAAUGAAAAGUAUCGUUUUGGCGGCUUGUGGAGGUACUCUUUUUAGAGAUUCAAACCUGUAUCAGUCUAAUUUGCUCGUCAAUGUUAAGAUACUUAAGAACAUAAUACAAUGUUAGCAUUGCUAGAUUAUUUUUCAUACCAAAAAUCUUUUUUAGUCACAAUUAACCUCUAGAUGUAGUCUAAGUAGUUUCAGACGCAAAAUUUUUGCUAGCAUCAAUUUUAUCUUGAAGCUGCAGGCAGUUUUCCUAAAUUGUAGUGUAAGAUUAUGUGCCGCAAAGGAAAUUUGUAUCGCAAAAUAAUUUUAACCUUGACUUGUAUAAAAAUGACUUUUUUCUUUCUUCAUAUACAAGACUUA